AUGAGGUACGAACUCUUUCGGUACUUUUUCAGAAUGCCCAAUAAACUGGACUCCAAAAUAAAGAAAUCUCAUCCAACUCAUUGGUUAUGUCGAUACCGCGGAGCUGUGUCGCAGCACUACGCUGCAGCAUUUUCAAGGUCACAUCUCUCAGUGGGCUGCAGGCAGCCGGCGCGGCGCCACAGUCCACACGAUGCGACGCGCGCUAUGAGUACACCACGCAGCCGCCCCAACGAUACCGUCGAGCUCCUGCCCCUGAAGUCGGCCCUGGUGAAUAACAACUACCGCGAUGAGGACGCGUACUACCCGCCCCCGCCGGCACUCAAUAAAAAUCCCUCCAGCUCCAACCUGUACGAUUACACUCUGCUCUCCAAGAGGACACCGGCCUCAAAAAGGUUGCUGUCGAAGCAAAGCCAGCCCGCGCCAACGCCGCUGGUGACAUUGUGCGGUGCUCCGCCGCCGUCCAGGAAGCGCGAGGAGCUGGCCGCGCUUGCCAACCUGCGCAAGAAAGUCUCACCCGCGCUGCUACCUGACAAGAAGUCUUCCAAAAAUAACAACGAGCCUAUUCACAAAGAUGACAACGAAACGGAACAACUCGACAAUCGACCGAAGCUUUUGCAAAGGGUGCUACAAACGAGGCCCGUGAGCAUGGUAGUGCAGUGGAGCGAGGUGCGCACCGCCUGGCAGGACAGCGACUUCAUCACCGAGUGCCUGUGCUGGCACAACGUGUACCGGCAGCGUCAUGGAGCGCCUCAACUCUUUAUGGCGCCUGAGCUGUGCGACUACGCCCAAGCGUGGGCGAACCAUCUCGCGCACACCAACAAGUUCCGCUAUAGAAACGAUCGCGACGUAGGCCAGAACCUCUACCAGCGCCCCGUCAGCGCCCUGCAGCCCGACGUCACUGGUCAGGAGGUGUCCUCGUACUGGUACGCAGCUGUUCGACAGUAUAAUUUCUUUAAAGAGUCGGAUGUUCUUCACGCUAACGUGAACGCAGGUCACUUCACGCAAAUGGUAUGGGUGGCGACACGUUACUUCGGCGUGGGUAAAGCUCGGUCUCGCGCGGGCAAGAUAAUCGUGGUGGCCAACUACUCGCCGCCGGGGAACUCGUCCGGCCACUUCGAGGAAAACGUGCUGCCCCCGCUGCCCGACAACUGCCCCGAGCCGCCGCCGCCUGCGCACUGA